AAUGGCAUACCGCAUUGAUUUGUCUCAAUUAAAAUGUAUUAUUGAUGACACUCCUCAAUUGAAGAGGGAUCCUCAACCCUUAUUUGUAAUGAAAGCAUCAACCGAGUAUUUCGAUGCCAAUUCUACUAUUUGUGAAUGCAAUGAAGAAUCAGAACCUUAUUCAUUUUGGCUGAAAUUUAAAGUGGAAUUGAAGUAAGAUCCAAUUACACAAUCAAAUGAGGACAAAGAAUUGUACAAUAUGGGUUCAAGUUUCGGAGUCAAUGAAGUUGAUAAUCCUAAGAACUUGAAAUGUUCUAAUGAUAUAAACGAUAACACCAAGUCUGAUUAGGACGACAAUCAUCCGAUUAAGAAACGCAGUGUGUCUGUAUAAACUAACAACCUAUCUCUUAAAAAUAAAUUAUAGCUAUUUAAAUAUAACUAGAAAUACAGCAGUAAUGCAGUUUAUCAAGAAACUCUCCUCAAAUUGAAGUAGAAUUAAAGAUUCUAAAAAUUCGUAAGCAAAAAUAAUAACAAAAAUCGAUCCAUCCAUUUACUCUUACUAUUGA